UCUGGGUGCUUGCUGCCUGGGUGAAUUGUGGCGCAACGUGGACGAGACGCGCAACAGUUUGCCUUUUUCGAUCAGCGAUGGGAGACGUGUUGAUCCCGGAGCUCCAGCGUGGGAACACUUCUGUGACCAUAUGCGCUCGUGUUUCUCGUUUAUGGGAUUUCUGUGAUCCUCAGGAUGAAGCAAAGUUGCUCCAUUGUGAUAUGGUGCUGCUUGAUGAAGAGGGAAACGGUAUCCAUGCUGCAAUAUUCCCACCAGUCAUACAAAAGUUCAAGCCACUGAUAAAAGAAGGAGUCGUCUACAACAUCACAUACUUCCGGGUCAGAGCCUCGAACAAUUUGUACAAGCCUGUUUUCAAUGAGAACAUGAUUACCUUUACAAACUGGACAAAAUUGGAGGAGGUUGUUGAGGUUCCGCCAGCAUUUCCUGUGCUUACCUACUCACUCACACCGAUAGACCAGCUCCAUUUGUGUGUCGACCACAGGGAGUACUACACAGAUACCAUUGGAAUUGUCACUUCCAUCUCGGCCGUGGCGCCGCACCGAUCCAAAGGGCAACAUACAACCAGCUCUAAGAGGACUAUUUCCCUAUGCAGUGUCAGCAACAGCAGUUCGGUAAAUGUUGUUCUCUGGGGUGGGCAAGCUAGCUUAUUCCCUGGAGAACAGAUCUACAACGAUGGUCAGUCCUCUCCACAGAUCCUGAUGUUUGUUGGCACGCUUGUCAAGAAAUACGCGGAUGGACUGUGCUUGUCUGGAGGCUCACCCUGUAAGUGGUACAUUAAUCCUGAUGUUCCUGAAGCAAGUGCCCUCAUGGCUAGUGCGACGAAAGCGCAUAGUCCCAUUAAGUGGAACGAGGUUCUAUCUUCGAAUCAGCCUAUGUCUCAUGUUCCUGAGGAACAGAAAAUUGCUUAUAUCAGAGAUCUGCACCCAUUUGAGAAUAAGGAUAGGGAAUUCUUGGUGACAGUCACUGUAAAAAAGAUUGGUGAUAGGUGGUGGUACAAUGCAUGCAAAAAAUGCACCCGCACAGCUGUGGCUCAUGGAGAUUCCUACAAGUGCAGCGAUCAAGUUUGUGCUAACGUUGGCACGCCCAUCCAAAGGUACAAAUUGCUUCUCACUGCAGGGGAUGAGACGGGUGACACAGACUUCAUCCUCUUUGGCCGGAUGGCGCAACGCAUAAUCAAGAAGCCGUGCGAUAUGCUGAUUGCCAACAAUCUGCCCGGCUUUAUUCCUGAUCCAAUCACAGAUCUGCUCGAGAAGACAUAUAUAUGGAAUGUGAGUUUAUCUGACCACACAAUCAAUACUGGAAAUAUUUGUUUCCAGGUCAACGCAGUCGUGGCAGAGAUAGAUACUUCAAAGGACUCCAUCCAAGCAUCUUCAUCAAGGUCAAAACAGCCACAAACUAUGCUGUUGCAAGACGCACCCAGUGGCAUUGAAGACACUCCUAACAAAUCCUCUAACUUGGUCAUGCCUUCGACCCCGCUCACACCACAAAGUUCCGCAACCAGUGUGCAAGAUAAGACUUUUGGUAUUGGCAGCAGCACUGUGGUUCCAGGUGCUACUCCCGCUAUAACAAAAGAACUGGCAUCCACGCCUAGGAAGAGGACAAGGUCUUCGCCUGCAAAGACAGUUACAAAGAGGUUGUUCACCGACGUAGAUGGAGGAAUCGCUGGCUCCAAGGAUGCUGCGGAUAGCGCUGCUGCCCCUAGCUCUACCAAAGAUGCUUAGUCACAGAGGGCCACAGGUCUUUUGGGCUCACAGUUGCAGCUGUUCGCUCUUUUGGAUGAUCGUUGUCUACUACUUUUAUAUCCAAGCUGCUAUGUACAUCUGCUUUUGGAAGGAGAUAUGAUACAUGUUCAUGUCUACACGCUCGAUACAGAUUGGCCCAGAGCACACUUAACAAGGUUACUACUAGAUCAGUGUUCGCCAUCGAUGCUAUGCACAGGCCACGCUGGAUUUCUAUGCUUGUUGACAUGAACGUGCUUCGCUCCCUUUAUGUUUAAGCCUAGGCAGCUUGAUGUGCUUGUGACAAAGACCUUUUAAGAACUGCGCAAUAAACCAAUGCUUACAACACGCUUUUGUGUACAACGAUCAUCUGCUUGUUGCACCGUACAUGUAUAGUCUAUGGAGCUGCAAACUGUUAGAGUUAUGUAUUAUUUCGCAACUGCAUGUACACUGUCUUUUAGAGACAGUUGUGGAACCUGCGUCCGUGCCACAUGUAUUAUAUUGUCGUAUUGUAUCCUACAAUAUGUUCGUGUUCCUACACCGUGUUUGUGUUCCUAAACUACGUUUAUAUAUGAUGUUGUUUGUAUAUGAUGUAUUGCAUACUGUGUCUUUCAUCACCAUAAUAUGUACUAUAUUUCGUACACUCUCAUCAGUUAUGACCAUUUUAUGUUUUUUCAACUUUUAUUCUGGUGAAAGGCACAAAGAACAUCAGCGCGGUCUGUACUUUUUCCAUACAGACUUUAUGUAGGUUUGCUAUGAAACGAACAGAAUUAAUUUGAAGCUAAUUGUGUAGUGUUUGAUUUUUUUUGUGCGUUUUCUUGAUAGGCCGCCCAUAAGGGAUAGGGCGCCCAUAAGGGCGCCACCUGUUCUAGUAAAUUUAAUAGUCUGUUUGGAGUUUGGGUCGCUAGAAGAGAGGUGGUACUUGCAGAGCUAUCUAGGCGAAUCAUUUGUCAUUAAAGCAUUAUAUGUAGGUGUUGAAAUAGGUGAAAUUUGUCGUGGUUUGGAAAACCGGUGGAUAAUAUGAUUUAUGUUAGGCAAGAUGCUAGCGCGGACUCACUCUGAAUGGUGAAUCACAGAGACUCAUCAGAGACAGGUGUUUAUACUGGUUCAGGCUUGCGCCAUAAUCCAGUGUAGUGUUGAUUGUAAUAUUGCUUGGGAGCGUGUUAUAACAUAUGUGUUUGUGUGUUGGAAGGAAGUGGCCCUGCCCUUUUAUAGCCCAAGGGUAGGAUUUUACAGUGGGGACUUAUAUUCUACUGGUAUGAGCUCGGCUCGUUGCCCUUAAAUGGUGUAGUCCCUCCUGACAUCGUCUGUAGGGUCACGCACUGCCGUACUCCUGGUAUGGCGUACUGCAUCGUCCGUUCGACGUUUUGGUCCCUAUAGCAAGUUCGAUGUUGAUGUAACGGCUUUGUCUAACGUCAUGGCCUCAUGGGCCUCGUGUCAUCUUCCAGCAUGCGUAGGCAUACAUGUAUCGUUCCGUCCUUUCUGUAUGUGGGUCACUGUAGAGACUUCGAUGCUAAGGUACUUACGACAGGGAUUGACUAGCCCCGUACGUGAGUGGGGGUAUGCUUGAGACUGUACGCAGUGGCAUGCCGUUGGGAUUGGUAGGGACUUUUCGGAACUGUACCCGAGGCCCGGACGUGGUUUGGUGGUGACACGUCUUAUCAGCUGACGCAUGUCAACAACAUUGGAUAGGCCCUUCCCCUUUGCUGGUUUGCUCGGCACAAGACCUGGUCGUUUGCUCUGCCUCAUGGGGUUGCUCGACAGAUGGUUUUACUUCCCUAGCCGAUUGAAAACUUAUCGCACUAACAAUCAAGCCGAAUAUGAAGCCCUCUUAUUCAGUUUAGAACUUUUAGAUUAUAUGAGAGUGAAAUAUGUGAGGACAUUUGGUGAUUCUGAGUUAGUUGUCCAGCAUAUUUUAUAAGAAUAUCAAUGAUCAUAUGGCACUUUAAACUGUUGUCUUGAAAAAUAUUGGGACAUAAUCCAUUCUUUUGACGAAUUCGAUAUUCGACAUAUAUCCAGAGCUGAGAAUUGCAGAGCAAAUAACUUGGCACAAAAUGCAUCAGGCUAUCGAAUAAAGCGAGGAAGAUUUCACAAUUCUGAAAGUCUGAUAACCGGUGUUGUGUCAAGUUCCCACGCCGUGGACCGUUUGGGCUAUAGAGCUGGAUCGUCCGUGGUAGGAUCGAACCGUCCGAGCAAGGAGUCUAGACCGUCCGACGGUACCAUGGACAUCUC